AUGGACUCCACAGAGAACAGGGCGGCCUUCAUCCCCGCUGCCAAAAGCACGUUCGAGGUCAGAUCUGCUCCGCUCGCCACACCGGGCGCGGGCCAGAUCCUCGUCCGCAACUCAGCGAUCGCAAUCAAUCCCAUCGACUACAAGCUCCAGAAGCUAGCCAUCUACCCCCUCAACUACCCCGCCAUCCUCGGCGAAGAUGUAGCCGGCACCGUCGUCUCAAUCGGCCCAGGAGUCGCUCGCCUCAAGCCCGGCGACCGCGUCAUAGGCUGCACAGCCGGCUUCGCGACCAAGGACGACACCGAGCAAGCCUUCCAGGAGAACACUAUCCUGCGCGAGAUCCUAGCCUGCAAGAUUCCCACCACCGCAACCUUCGAUGAGGCGGUCGUCCUCCCGCUCGCGGUGACAACGGCGAGCGCAGCUCUCUUCAAUCCGGACCUGCUGGGCCUGCGCCUGCCACAUGAGCCAGCGACAGCCAGCAAGACAGACCAGACACUGCUGGUAUGGGGCGGCGCAGGCAGCGUAGGCAGCGCCGCGAUCCAGCUUGCCUCCGCAGCGGGUUACGAGGUGGUGAGCACAUCUUCACCCAAGAACUUCGAGCACGUCAAACGCCUCGGAGCAAGCGAGGUAUUCGACUACAGCAGCCCAACGGUCGUAGCCGACAUCGUCGGUGCCCUCAAAAGCAAGGCUUUCGCGGGGGCCUUCGAUGCGUAUGGCGGACCAGCAUCCGCACCCACCGCAUCCGUGGUGGCGCAGGUCGAGGGCAGGAAAGUAGUCGCCACCGUGGCGAGGUAUCACCCCGAGCCGCCUGAGGGAGUCAGCAUGAAGUUCACUGCGAGCUUGUCGACCAUGGACAACGGCGUCGCCCUGGCAAUCUGGCAAGAAUUUUUGCCCAAGGCGUUGGAAGCGGGAAGUUUCAAAUUCGCACCGGAACCUUUGAUUGCUGGGCAUGGCCUGGACGGCGUUCAGGAUGCACUCGACAAGAUGGGCGAGGGGGUUUCGGCCAAGAAGCUGGUUGUUGUUUUGUAG